GGUUGGCAUGGGGUGUGCUAGGGACUACAUGCUUUGCCCCAUUUAGCUCCUGUCGUUUGGCUAAAGUUGCAGUAAUGAUGUCAUUGUCAGGGUCUGAGGUAAGUCUAUAGAAACCAGCUCACACACUGCAGAAGUCUCACAUACAGACACUGAGACAGCACAACAAAACAUCAGGUCCUCCAGUCCAAACACAGAUUAGACAAGAUGCAGAGCAAACAGAGACAGCAGCAGGCGCGGAUCUUCCUGAGUACAAAGGGAGGUCUGAACUUGGGAAAGAAGGUCAGCGUUCCAAGGGAUUUAAUGCUGGAAGAGCUGAAUCUUACCAAUAACAGAGGAUCCAGAAUGUUCCAAGAGCGCCAAAGAAGAGCGGAGAAAUAUACACUGGAGAGCACAGCGGGUUCCCCCAUGGUCAUAUACAACGAUAUGGAACAAAAUCAAAACCAGAACCCGACGCAGGGGGAAAAAGAAAACCAGGGAUAUGCAGUGACCGGUAGACACAGUCUCAUCACCAACCUGAAGAACUCAGUGGCUAAAAAAGGCAACCCCAGCGUCCUAGCACCAGGUUACACCGGGCCCCUAAGAGAGAUCCCCCGAGAGAUGUUUAAUUCCACAGCCAUGCCGAAAUUAUAUUGUUCCCCUUGGCAAGAAGCCCUCGGACACAACCAGGAGCCUCUGACCUCCUUUAACAGCCAGACACCUCCACAGAAACUACCACCAGUUAACUACAGGUGCUUCAACAGAGCUGCAGUGCCAUUUGGAGGACCUGUGCGCAGUCAACGAGUGAUUCCCGUCAUUGGGUUCGAACAACCAGAGAUUCAAAAUCUACCUGGCGUGACCCUGGCCAUGAUCUCCAAAAGGCCCAACUUCAACAGAGCCCCGCGGGGAUGGGCCACCGGAUACUCGCCUGAAUCGAAUGACCUGUGAGCCCGCCGCACAUCCACAUCUGUAAUAUUAAAAGAGAAGACGACUGUUGUGGCGUAACAACCUACCUUUUGCUCUUUUGGACUCGAGAGACGAUUGCAAAGGAUUGAAUGGAUUCCAUAAAAGGGAAUCAACUCCUGUUUAACAACCUUUAUAAGAGUAACUCACCCCUAUGAAUCACAUGUAAAUAUAAGUUUGCACUUCAGAAAAAUAUAAAUUUAUGAAUUCUCUCUC